UACUGGGACAGUGGUGGCUGCUACCGUCUGUCCCAGCUGGGCUGCAAGUGCUUUCCGAGAGUCAGCGCAGUCCCUGUCUCCGCAGCAAUGUUUCAGCCAGAAGAUGUAGGGCAGGAUCCAGCGAUAGCUGAUCAGCUUCCCUGGAUUUCGCUGACGCCACAGGAAAGCUUUGCCUGAAGAUGGAAACACUGGAGUCGGAACUGACCUGCCCUAUCUGUCUGGAGCUGUUUGAAGACCCGCUGCUGCUGCCUUGUGCUCACAGCCUCUGCUUCAACUGCGCGCACCGCAUCCUGGUCUCCCACUGCGCCACCAACGAGCCGGUGGAGUCUAUCACCGCCUUCCAGUGCCCGACCUGCCGCUAUGUCAUCACCCUCAGCCAGCGCGGUCUAGACGGGCUCAAGCGCAACGUCACCCUGCAGAACAUCAUCGACAGGUUUCAGAAAGCCUCGGUCAGCGGGCCCAAUUCACCCAGUGAGACCCGCCGGGAGCGGGCAUUCGACAGCAACAGCAUGUCGUCCUGCGAGAAGGUCCUCUGCCAGUUCUGCGACCAGGACCCUGCCCAGGAGGCAGUGAAAACCUGUGUUACCUGCGAGGUGUCCUACUGUGAGGAGUGCCUGAAAGCCACUCACCCUAACAAGAAGCCAUUCACCGGCCACCGCCUCAUCGAGCCCAUCCCGGACUCUCACAUCAGGGGAUUAAUGUGCUUGGAGCAUGAGGACGAGAAAGUUAACAUGUACUGCGUGACUGACGACCAGUUAAUCUGUGCCUUAUGUAAACUGGUUGGGCGACACCGUGACCAUCAGGUGGCAGCUUUAAGUGAGCGCUAUGACAAGCUAAAGCAAAAUUUGGAGAGUAACCUCACCAACCUUAUUAAGAGGAAUACUGAACUGGAAACUCUUUUGGCGAAACUCAUUCAGACCUGUCAACAUGUAGAAGUAAAUGCAUCCCGCCAAGAAACCAAGCUGAUGGAAGAAUGUGACCAGCUUAUUGAAAUAAUCCAGCAAAGACGACAAAUAAUUGGAACAAAAAUCAAGGAAGGAAAGGUGGUGAGGCUGAGAAAACUGGCUCAGCAGAUUGCAAACUGCAAACAGUGCAUUGAGCGCUCAACGUCCCUCAUCUCUCAGGCUGAACAGUCGCUGAAGGAGAAUGAUCACGCUCGCUUCCUGCAAACUGCUAAAAAUAUCACUGAAAGAGUUUCCAUGGCAACGGCAUCCUCCCAGGUUCUAAUUCCUGAGAUUAAUCUCAAUGAUACUUUCGAUACAUUCGCACUUGAUUUCACCAGAGAGAAGAAAUUGUUGGAAUGCCUUGACUACCUUACAGCUCCCAACCCACCCACUAUUCGGGAAGAGCUCUGUACAGCUUCUUACGAUACCAUUACUGUCCACUGGACGUCAGAUGAUGAGUUCAGUGUGGUCUCUUACGAGCUGCAGUACACCAUCUUCACUGGACAAGCUAAUGUUGUUAGUUUAUGCAACUCAGCCGACAGCUGGAUGAUUGUUCCCAAUAUCAAACAAAACCACUACACAGUGCACGGGUUACAGAGUGGCACUAAGUACAUCUUCAUUGUUAAGGCCAUUAAUCAGGCAGGCAGCAGAAGCAGCGAGCCCGGCAAGCUCAAGACAAACAGUCAGCCAUUUAAACUGGACCCCAAAUCUGCUCAUAGAAAAUUGAAAGUGUCUCAUGAUAACUUGACAGUGGAACGUGAUGAAACAUCCUCCAAAAAGAGUCACACACCAGAGCGAUUCACGAGCCAAGGGAGCUAUGGAGUAGCUGGCAAUGUGUUCAUUGACAGCGGGCGGCAUUACUGGGAAGUGGUUAUAAGCGGGAGUACAUGGUAUGCCAUUGGUAUUUCCUACAAGUCAGCACCAAAGCAUGAGUGGAUCGGGAAGAAUUCUGCCUCCUGGGUGCUUUGCCGCUGCAAUAACACAUGGGUGGUGCGGCACAACAGCAAAGAAAUCCCCAUCGAGCCUGCGCCUCACCUCCGACGGGUCGGGAUUUUGCUGGACUAUGACAAUGGUUCCCUUGCUUUUUACGAUGCUUUGAACUCCCUACACCUUUACACUUUUGACAUUACAUUUGGGCAGCCGGUGUGCCCCACGUUCACUGUGUGGAAUAAGUGUUUGACCAUUAUAACUGGCUUGCCUAUCCCUGACCACCUAGACUCCUCCGAGCAGCUCGCAUGACUGCUAAAAGCCAAAAGGUAGGACGACACAUCUGCCCAGGGUGGCCAGGCAGCUGCCUUCCAGGGCUUGCCCAGAGCUGGGGAACUGCAUGGCAUCCCAGCUGUCGCUGCCAAAUCCAGCUGGAACUGAAAGGAGGAGAAUAUCUCUUUUCUGUGUACUUUGUAAAAAAGGACAAGACAUGGCUUUAAUAGUAUCUUAGAACUUUCUUUGCAGUUGGUUUUGGUUGGUUGGUUUUGUAUUUAGUCUCUUACAGGAAGAUUUAUAAAUUAUUUAUAAAAAAAAAAGAAAAAAAAAAAAAAGAGAGAAGGGAAAGCCUGGUUUGGACAUCUGGAAAAUGACUUCUUUGUUUUGCACAUUGACGGUCCUAUUAAUUAAAGUUUCAUCAGCCCUUUACAUCAUUUUAUUUUGCAGUGGAUAAAAGCAGGAAAUUGGAAGGAUGAAAACUGCGCAGUGGACAAGUCAGUAUACUGCAGGUUUUACUCGUGCCAAUGUUAACAUUCUCAUUACCAGUCUUACUGACUGUGAGCUCUCCUAAUUUCUACUUUGCACAUGGGAGUGUGCAGACCAAAAAGAACAAAAAUAAACAAGUGAGGAAGUGAAGCUAGCCAACACAGCAGAAAAAGAAAGUUUAAUUUACUUCUGUUCACAGGGCUGUGCUCUCCCUGUUCAUAAAAAACAUGUGGAAUAUCUCCUAGAAAUGUGAGUGGAUAAAUCAUCUGGUGAUUUAUUUUAUUGAUGGCAACGUUCCCAUCUACCAGUGCUUCGCUUUCAUCUUUGGGAAACAGUGUAGAAUCACUGAGGAUGUGAAAGACUGAUAUCAUCUCUGAGAAUCAGCAACACUGGAGGAGAGCAGCCAAUCCAAGGUCUGACUGUAGACUAAUUUGAUAAAGCACGGCAUCAUUUAAGGGUUGAUUGUAAUAGAAGAUGUCACGGUUCUGAUGGUAGACAUGUGAAUGCUUAUUGCUGAUUUUACAAGGUUCAACAUAGCAAGCCCAGCCAACAGCUAGGAAGUGAGACAUGUGCCACUUUACCAUUUCUUUUAAAUUAAGUACAAAUGUUUCAUUGUCAUACACUAUGCAGUCUCUAUAACAAAGCAAGGAAAUCUGUUUUACAUGUGCUGUAUGGAGAAACACUGCAGCUGGUUUGCUCAUAGUUACCAUUGUUCUGGGUUGUUUGGGAAAGCACAGUCCUCUUUGUGAACGAGGAGUAAACAGCAAGUUUUUAGCAGCAGCAGGAAUCUGCAUGGGUAGGCUCCAUGUUCAUCCUGGUAUGGGUGGAUGAACUUCAGGGAAGGCAACAGAGGUUGUACCUACUUUGUCUCAAAGGUGAAUCAGGUGCAUUUUUUUUUCUCUUUCCCUCCUACAGAACAGAAUCCCUUUGUAAUUACUACAAUGUUUACGUAUAAAUGAUCAUUUUUGGAAAUGCUUGAGGCAUAUGACAACACUAAAAAAAUGGUUUUCCUACAGUGUUUUGUUGUUACUAUGCAAGUGGUGAAAAUCUGCCUGUGUAGAAAAAGGGUGAAUUGAAUAUGAGCUUUAGGAAAAGAUUUGCUCAGUAAUUUAUAACCAUGCUUCUGGUGUCUUUUGAAAAGGAUGCCUUAAUGCACUUUUUUCCACUAAUGGGUCCAUAAUAAACUGGUCCCAAGCUCAGUUUCAGAUUUUUAAAAUACUGAUUCUCCAGGUACAAAGCUGUACUACAGUUUGCCUUAUGAUGAUGUAGAAAACUUAUGAGCAAAAUAAGGAAUACAUACAUGCUUAUUUGAUUUUUCCCCUUUUUUAACAGAAAAUAAAUGCUUAUCUAUGUUCCUUUGAUUUCCCUUUACAUGCCCUUCUAACUGCUGAAUUAAAUGGAGAAAAGUCUGGCAGUAUGUUAGAGGAACCAUAGCUUUCAGCUGGGGCAGCAUCCCAUGGUUCACAGGCUGGAGUCACUGAUCUUUCCAGAGUUGACAUAAGUAAGGGAAAAUAGUGUGUACAUAUAAUGAACUGCGGUGUUUAUCAUAGUGUCUUUAAUAAUCAAGAAACCUAUACUCUCAAAAAUGAAAAAGUAAAUAAAUCCUCAAACAUUACAUUUUAUAAUUGAGCACAAUGUUAUCAACACAAUCUGAUGUCAUUGCCCAGAUGAUCUGGCCUGGGAUAUUUGGGAGGUAGCUGAGAUGGCAUGAAAGUUAUUAUAAUGAGUUAACAGGAGAUGAAUGAUACAAAGCAGUGAUAAAAAGAUGCAGGAGGAAAGGAGUUUUAAUCUAGGAUUAUUGCCAAGUUUCUGCCUAAAAGGAAAGGGUGUAUCACCUAAGUACAUGCAGCAAAGCUGUGUGUCUUCUUUUUUGCCAGAAAUAUUAAAUUUAGAAGCUGAUUUCAGUAGUGGACAAACUGAAAAUGCUGUUCAGUGUUUGGCCAUACAAUGUUGGCAGAGAUUGAGCUGGAUGGAAUAAUACCGUGAAUUUGGAAAGAUCCCAAAUGAUCUCACAUAUUUUCAUUGUAAAGAUAGACCGUGAGUCUAAAGACAGGUUAUGGUUUUGGCCAAUAGAAAAAGAACGGUCUGUUAUCUAGAGGCCGUGCUGUAUCAUUUUUAUUUUAACACAGAAUACUUCAUUUGGAACUAAGCCACAUUUCUCCAGUGGACUAUUAAUUCAGUCAGUACUCUUUGUGCAUAUGUUUGUGUAUAUAUGUACACAUAUGUAUGAGUACACACACACCAGUAUAUGCACAAAUAUAGUGUGUAAUUUGUGUAUUUGCAUACAUACAUACAUACACACACAAACUGACAGUAACUGGUCAGGUGUUCCUUUUUUGCUUGUUUCUUGGACAAUUUUAUGUUCUGUAUGACUAUGAGGAAACAAGUUUGCUAUGAAUGGUAUUCUUCUGGACAUUUUUUAACAAACAAAAUCUGUUUAUUUUACAAUACUUGAUUCAAUGCCUGAUAAAUCAAUAAAAACAUCCAUGUGAAAACGUAGCUUCUCUGGUCUGUGGCAUUUUACAUGGUCCAUAGCAAUCAAUUGAAAUCUGAGGGCAUGGUAAUAAUCCUUGUGUAAAAAUAAAACGUGGUACUUUAAUGUAGUGUGCAGUAUUAGAUGAGGGGAUUCCCUGGUUUUUGAAAGUUUUGUGACUAGGAAUGAGGUAGCAUUGUAUAAUGCUGUGUUUAACAAAGGCAGGUUUUUGAGGAAUAGUCUGCCGAGAUGCAAGCAAUGAAUGUAGUAGAUAAAGUCUCUGUUGGUAUGAUGAUUAUUUCAAAGCUGUAUUUGAAACCCAAGUUGGUAUUCAGCAGAGUUAGAGCAAACUAUAGCACAGUCUCUUUAGAAGACAGUAGCAUCGUCUUGGAAUGGUCAAACCUUGAGGUAAUGGAAGGAUGGGGGACUUUUUUCCCUUUGAGGCCGGAUAAGAUUUUCCAUGUGUCAGGCUCCCAUGUUUUAAUGCACAUCUAAUAGGGAAAAAAUAAUUCAGGAAUGGGCUGUACAUCAUAAAUCAUUUAGCAGACUGUCUCCAGCCCACUGUAGUUUCCCAUUGUUGUCUUUCAGGGAGCAGCAAAGUUGCUAUGUCUUCUUUGUCUGUUUGGGUAUCCCAUUUCUCAAUUGCUCAGUGAAGAGACCCUCAUUGAGCAGUGUGUCCCAAAGGUAGGAAGCAUAAUAAUCCCUAAGGUGUGGGUACACUGAAAAGUUGGAAAUUUGCAAGUACAGGUGAAAACACAUGCACAUUUUUCAUUAUAUUAGCAAUAGUAGGUCACUAAACAGCAGUGUGCAUCAUCUGUUUUAAUCUUGCACCUUAAUUGCGAAGAGUAUAUUCUUUCCAUGUUAGAAAACGCAGCAGGACACCAUUGACAGCAAAAUUGAAGUGUCAGCUCUUUAAGCAGUUCAUUUUGAGAUGACCAGCUUUUACAGCACUAUGAGGAACUAUUGGCCGUGGGAGAUUUCAUUAAACCAUUAUUUGACAUCAAACACAUUAUAAGUAUUUUUUUCAUUAUUCUUGUCUAGUAGUUCCCAGAGUCUGCUUUUAGUUACAGCAGCACAAAUUUCAGAUAAGCCCAUGCACCAAAACGAAGUGAGUAUUGCUAGUGUCUCUCAUCCGUACCACCAAAACUGAGGCUAUUCAUUUUAAUUGGAAACACUGCCUUCAUUUCUGGUUUAGGAGUGAAGAAGUGUUGGACGCACACAGCAAGUACACGCUGGGCCACCUCAGUAACUUGGCCAGGGGACGCCUGGACCGAAGGCCAUUGGAGGGGCUGCUUUGGGAAUCCAGUCAUAGACAAAAAAUGUGCACAGGUUGCAUAUGUAGUGAUGUGCUGGCAACUUUCUUGUAACACCAUUUCUAAUGUCUUUUCACAUACUGGUCUUUCUACUAGUGGAAGUGUAUAUUAAGAUACAGGAAUGUAAAAUGCAAUAUUGUCCUGUGGUUUUGGGUCGGUUGCCCAUUUAGAAAAUAGCACAGUGUUCUGAACUUCAGCCUUAACUUUUGUCUUUUACACACGGAGGGAAGCCCUGGUCACUCCCAAAUGCUGAUGGUAGGUGUUUUAGAUUAUGCUGAGCUAUUUCUUUUUAUUGUGCUUUCUGAAGUGAAAGAAGCUCUUUUUACGUUUUAACCUUUGAUUUAGCACUUGGUUGUCAUAUAAAAAAAUCCAGAGACCAAAAAUCAAUGUUUCUAAGAAUGUUUCAAUGUGGAUAAGACUCUUGGUUUAGACUGUGAGGCUUAAGGCAUCUGCAUACAUAAGUCUCUGUACCAGGAUAGACUGAUUCAUGUGGAAGGUGAACAGUAAAGAUACAAGUGUUUUCUUCUGAGGUAGGCUUUUGCAUUAACUCCACUCUUGAAGUAGACUAUUCCUUUUCUUUAAUUUUAUAAAAUUGGUUUUCUAUUUCAAGUGCAGACCAUGUUAGUAAGAUUGUAAGUAAUAUAAUUUCUCACCAUGCUACUUAUUUUAGCAAGCCUUACCGGGUCACGUGCCUCUGGCAGUUUGCUGAACACAUCAGCUGCAACCAUAACCUUUGCAACAUCACCUCUAACGUAUGGACUAAUGUUUAAGCCAUUGAUCAAGUAUAUAAUUUUCCCAGGUGGGAUUCAUCUUGCUUUGAGUAAGGAACUCUAGCACAAAUGGUGAUACCAGUUCAGUGUGAGAGGUUCAUAUAUUUCACAAAGAUGGUAUAGGAAAGAUAUAGGCUUGAAUACUAUCAACGCUGAGGCAGUUCUAGUUUAGAAGCAUGGCAAUGUAUUAGGAAGGCAUGAAGUCUUCUGCUACAAUGUGAUCAACAGUGUCAUUAUUGCCGCUGCCUGAGAGAGGGACAGAGGUAGCAAAAAAUUCUGCAUCAGCGCGGAGGGAGGUCAUUCAGAGUGACAGGACAGCUGGAAACCUGCCAACGCUACCUGCCCUGGCACCAUGCUGCAGGUCUGAAAAGCAAGUCUGCACCUCUUCUUCCUUUUGUUACAGCUCAGCCGCAAUCCACAUUCCCAAAUGACAGGAAAAAAAAAUUGCAAUUAUGUGUUUGAAAUCCUAACCUGAAUAAAAGCGGCAAGGCAGGGAUGACAGCCCCAGGCCUUGAUUCUCCUUUACUCACCCAGAUUUUUACAUCUGUUGACUUCAAAGGAGAUAGUCCUGAUUUACAUAGAGGUAGAUACAAGCCCAUGAAUCUUCGGUUUCCAAAGGGUCAAACCGAAGUGAAGCAGGAGCCCCUGUGCAAACAUCUCAGCAUUCCUAUUAAAUCAUGUCUUUGGAGAAAGCACAUUUGCUGCUAGCAAAACUGCAGUUUCUCAUGAGCUGUUUCCCAAGGCCAGCACAGGUGUGUUUUAAAAUGUAUGGUUCUUUUAAAAUGUAUGGUUCAAUAACAUUCUUCUUGGGUGAAUUGUUCAAGCAAUGCUUUGCUGUUUCCUCCAAGCAGGGUGGGAACAAUUCUCUUAGCGGGUGCUGUGUUACUUUUAUAAAAUCAUGAGAAUGGCAAAUACAUAAGUUAUGAUACAAUGCUGCAACAUAAGACUAUUGUUCUUGGACUUCCACUUAAAAAUGGAUAAUAACUAGAGGUUUAGAAGUCUACUUCCUCUAACCGUCCUAAUUUAUAUAAUUGCUUGAAUGUAUGGAGAUAUUUGCUCUCAAGAAAUAUCAUCUUGUUUCUUUUUAAUUCAUGCAGAUAGAUAGUGAUUAGGAGUAUUCCUGAAAAUCCAUGAAUUCAUAGAAUAACUUAUAAUCUAGCCUUUGAAAGACAGCAAAUGGAGGCUUUGUGUUUUGCAUAACAUUACUCGUUGUACAGGGAUGAAAAACUGUAACUGUUUACAUCACUGAAACAUUAAAAAAAUGACAGCAACUGCCACACAAGAGGAUGGGAAAGUUUUUAUUAGCAGGUUUUUAUUUCUUCCUCAUUUUUAUUUUAGAUGGAAAACAAACUAUUCCAUUUGAAAAUAUUUUUCUGUUAUCCUUCCAUUUCUUCACUUUGCAUUUCUGUUUUCAGUCUCAUUUUCAGAUUUUAAAUAUUUGUGUAAAAAGAAGUAUCUGUUUCAGAAAGUUAGAUUUAUUUUUUAUUUCUUUGAAAAUUACGUUUUUCAGGAGGCUCACAGAAAAUGAAAUGAGAAGUCAAAACACUAAAGCAAUAUGGCAGCUUGAAAGUCAAGAGUAUUUUUGAAGUAGAAGUUAAAUAAGGAAUGUAGACAGGCCUGUGUCUGUUCUACAGUUACUGAAUUAUUUGGUUUCAUUAUUCUGGGCUUAAUAGUGUUGCUCUCUAAAAUCAAAACAAUGUUAUAAGAUCUGAUUAAGGAGCAGAAGCAGAGGAAUAAUAAUUUAUUUUAGGUUAAACCUGGAACAAGUUCCCUUCAAUAGCAAUAUAUAUAUGUUUAUCUCCAACCUCAUUAAUGUCAUGAAUGUCAGCUGUUUGUUUGUUUUUUUUAAAUAAAUUAAAUAUUGUAUGUCCUCUCUAGUAGUAGUUCCCAGCCUACAAAUCUGUGUCUUUCUUGGGAAGUAUGAGUCUAAUUCCUUUUGGAAUUGGGAACAGGCUCUCCCUGUGGCAGGUGUGAAGGUAGUGCUAGCACAGCAAGACCAUCUCCCACUUGCAGGGGGCAAUUUGAUCUUUAUUUUUGUCAUCUUGUCUGUGUGAGUAGUAGCGAUGACCAAACUGAGGAUAAAAUAGGUUCACCAGAUUUGUGGGUGUGGGAAGAGAGGAAAGGCCUGUCUGGUGAAUCACGGCUAGCAGUUACAACCAGUGGUAGACCCAACCCAGAUUUAGAAAUUAGCAAAUGGAGAUUUGUUCCUUGAUACAAUCAGUAACAUAUCUUUUUAAUUUCUCCAAGUGACUGUGAUCUCUUUCUCUCAAUUUGUCCAUCAGUUUUCAUCCAUGUGAUCAUUGAACAUCUGUUGAAAUUGGAGUUGAAAAUGUUUGAGGUGGUUUUUUUAACUGUUAGGAUUUUGCCAGACUACUUUGAAAACAAACAUUUCUGAUAUAGUGUCAGUGGUUUAUGGUAGUGGGUUGAGGUGAGGAAUAAUGUAGAACCUAAAGAAUACAUACAGGUGCAGACUGAGUUCAGAACAGCAUAAUACUGCUCAUAAGAAUAGUUUCCAUCAAUCCUAAUUGAAAUUAUUCACAUAGGUGAAGAGAGAGAAACACAACUGAAUUCAGCCUUGGCAUGUGCAUGAAUAACAGUCAGUGCAAAGCAGCACAGGGGCUGAAACAAUUGAAAACAACAGACCUUUUUACUUUUCUGUAAAAUUAAUAGUUGAUAUUGUUUCUCUUCUAACAGUUGGGUCACAGCAUUCCUACCUUGCAUAUAUGUAGACAGACAGGAGUUAUUAUUAAGAAAGUGCCCCAAGUUAAACUGUAAAUUCUUACUAAUGCAAGACCAGUUGAGGAAAUUAGGAUAAAUCUUUAAAGAUAUACACUAAAAGAACAACAGAUAAAAAAGUUACUUAUUCACAAUCAAUAAUUCAAACAGCUGCAUCCAAACUGACCUUUCUUAGACUCCUUACUCUGCCUUCCUGCAUCCCUCUGUGGAGAGGAUGAAACAGGAAUGCUUUGCCUUUCUGUUCUUAUGAAGUCAGUGCUCCAUAUUAGUGUUACUUGGAAAUCUCUCAGGAUGAAUAAAAUUAGCAGGAACAAGUAGAGUUCUCACCAGUCUUAGAGCCUGAAUAAGCCCUUAGCCAGGGGCUAAGGCUGAAUUCAAGGCUGAAUUACCACCAAGGUAUGAAUGCUUUCACGUAUUUUUGACAAUGCAAGAAGAAACGUAGCAAUAAAAAAAAAAAAGUGACCAAUUUUAUGCAGACAUGGGAAUAGACGUCAUUCUGUCCAGCUAAAAAAUAUAAAAUAGCAGCUACAAAACUGUUAUUUAAUAGAGGACCAGGAAAAUAUUUUUAUGGAUUUGGUAUAAAGCAUCUGCACUUGUUCUGGUUCUCAUGCACACAGAGGUGCUGUAGGGUUAGGUCCUGACAACCUCUUAUCUGUCUGUGCAAAUAAUACUGAGGGGUGGGAUGGUGUGUGUGGGUACAGCUUUCCCUAGAAGUGCUCCCACGGGCCCAACUUUUCCUGCUUGUCCAAAAAUAGGAGAGAGAAGCCAGUUUCCAAAGGUCUCUAGCACUAAUCCUGCCCUGACCUUUCUGAUGGCAGGAACAGUGAGGCCACAGGCUGGCCCUUGGCUCCACAUCUUGUGUAGAAACAGGAAUAUGCUAUGGAGCUCAAGCAGGCUCCUCUGGCUGAGGAACCUGAGCCUGCAGAAAGAGAGGUUGAACCAGCCCCACUAGCAAGGUUCAGGCAUUUCCCCAGCUUCUGCUAUAGUGAGGAGAUGCAAGGGAAAUCUUCCUCAGGACAGGGUGUGAAGAUGGCACAUCUUCUAAAGGCAUACCUAAAAGGCUCAAAGAGAAAAUUUUGUGGCGUUCAUCCUCAAAGGAAGGGCUGCAUAAGGCUGGGGUAUGUUUUUCUGUGUUUCCAUGAAGGCAUGAAAAGCUGCCUCCUUACGCCUCAGGUUUGGUAGUGCUUGUGGGCAGGCAGGCCUCACAGUUGAUUUUGAACACUGGAAAAUCAUUGUCCCAUGUUUUACGCCCCACUGACCUAAAAGUUUGACAAAUGGGAAGAAAAAAUUGUCAAAUUCCACUGCAUGAAGGCUUAUACGGCUAGUCUUUAUUGUCAAAAUUAAGACAGUGCAAAAAGAGGCAACCAAACCCAUGUGUGAAAAAUCAUUUGUUACAACUGAUACAUCUGACAUAUUUUUAAUCAGAUAUUAUAAUAGUAACAGAAACAAAGUGGAAAAUUGAUCAUGACUGGAACUCUGAUGAUGAAAAGUAGAAAUUGAAGAUAGAAAUAAAAUAACUAGGGAAGGCACCUAAGAAAGUACAACUAGAAAGGGUUGCUAGUACAGUGCAAUAAGUCUGGUAGAAGCUCAUCUGGAAGAUGGCAAAAUGCUGGUCCUCCAUAGUGAAGAAAGGUGAUAUUCAGUGUCCCAAGAUCAGAGAAAGGAUCAUCAGAAGGAAGAGCCCAGGUUAGAAGGGGGGAUGUAUAUGCGGUUUAUUUAGUCUAGCAAUUAUGCCUGAAUGGAGAUAAGGUUGUUGAGUCUGUAAACAUAUGAUUAGGGGUAGCACCAGGAAUAGAGAAUAACAGUUUGAAAAGUCAAUAUUGGUACCAGAAUAAAAGCAGUGGACCUGUUUAUGGACAGGUAGGUCUAUAGACAUCAAAAGGGUCACUUCAUAGGACAGCAAGAGGAAAAAGGAAUCCUGCUGUGUCUGAGGUGAAGCUUUGUGUGUGAGAUUAAUCACACUUCAAUCUAAAUGUCCAAAUAUUAGUUGACUAGGCCUAAGCAUAUUUUCUAGGCAUCUUCUAUAACAAAUGGGAAGCAAAUAGCAUCUCCAAACAUUCAUCCCAGAUAUUCUAGCAACCUAGCUCAGAACGGGCAGAAUCUCUCUGUAGGAGUGAUCUUUCAUAUUGGUCACAUGAGGAGUCACAGACAGCUAGUGUGUACUUGAUACCUGCCUUUUAGAUAGGUAAAGGCAGAUAAAGUGACUAUGACUACAUAUGUAGUAACUGGGAUACCGACAUUUUUGUAGUGGCAAUUAUAGAGUAAAUCCAUUUUUUAUAUACAUCAUACAGAAACUUACAGACAGCUUCUGACUUAAAAUCCUUGCUGUGCUGAGGUAAGCAGGCAAUUUUUCAUUGGACUCAGUGAAGCCCAGAUUUUGCCUCUUAAAUAUGAACAAGGUGAAAUAUUCAAGUCAGAGUCAUAUUAAAUGCAGACAUCUCCUACAACCAAAGACUGUUCUAUCCACUGAGCCCUUGUUUUUUCAAAGCAAGUUAUUCAGUAAAAAUGGCCAUCCAGGCAAAGUCAACAAAUGAAAAUGCAUCUAUCUGACCAUCAAACAAACCUCCUUGGAGAUGAUACGUGUUUGCAUGCGUUCUAUUGCCUUGAUCAUGUGCAGAAGUAUUUUAGACUCCAAACUGGGUUGCUUAUCCAAUGCUGCAAAAUGCUAUGUAUUAAUAGUAAGCAUUGUUCUAGCAUUAUUCUUAAAGUUUGUUUUAAUAGAUGUCACAACCAGGUCUCUUCUGGCAUUGCCUGAAUUCAAGUUGUAACUACAAGAUUGUACGAAAGCUAGAAUAGCAGUUGACAUGGCUGCAUCAUUCAUUCCUCACAAUAGUAAGCAUAUAUCGGUGUGAUAGACUGAGUACAAGCAUUAAACUCACAGUGCCUGUGCCAAAUGGGUGUACUUUAUGGAGUCAAGAGCUCCUCAGCAAUAAUUCCUUUGGAAUGGAAAAGUAGCCAGCACUUAUAAGUUAAAAGGAAUGCAUAAGAGAUAGCUGAGAAGUGCUGUCUCUUUUACAUUGAAGUUGGGUGCUGAGGUCAAAAGAACUUAUUUUACUAUGUAAUUUCUUUGCAUCUUCUGCAAAGGGAAUAGGGCUGGUUCUCUGAAGGGUAACUGAGAGUCCUUUUGAUAUUCAUGGCAGAUUGUUUUGAUGGCUACCAUCCAGAAAAUCUUAAUGGAGAAAGAAAAACACUCUGCAGGUGGAUGUAAAUACUCCUUUUUCCAGGGUUUUAUCUUAGACUCACCUCUUUGCACUGUAUAGGUUACUUUCAGAUGUUCCUUUUUAAAUAUUUCUAAACAGCAUGAGUAUUUAUCUAAUGAUGCUGUGGUGAGGUAUGAUUCAUCCUACAGGUUAGCAGAGUGCACAGCUGAAAAAAAUCUUCACAUGCAAAGUAUUGUUAACUGUUUGCUCUUCAUAAAAGGGAAGGAAAUGACUCAGGCAGGAGAAAUGGUAUGGUGAAGAUUGUUAAUGCUCUUCAGGCUGAUAGAACAAUAUUUCCUCAAAUAAAAGUAAGAGUUUCUGCAGGAAGCAUUUUCUGAUGGGAAAAGGAUUAACACUCCAGGAAGGAUACCUAAGGAAAACCAACAGAAAAUCACCCAAACUAGGCAAAUAUUUUGGAAAAGGGUUGGCAAAGAGAGAUUUAAUGGGGUUCAAGUCACAGUGAAAAGUGGAAUAUGGACAUGACUGAGAUAGUACGGUGUGCUUUGGAGAGACCAGUCUGAGAAUUUCUAUUUGCAAAGAGUAUGGGAUUAGUUCAGUAGCAGUGAAACCACACCGGCCCAUCCUGCUUAGGAGUCUCACAGUUGGAAGCAGCAGCAGAAAAUAAAGGAACUGAAUCACAAGUCAAAAAAGGUGAAACUGGGAUAAUUUUCUCUUCCUUUUCUACUCAUUGAAAAGAAAGAGGAAUUUGAAAUAUCCAACAGCAGGAAACAACACAGCAUGAAAUACUUUUGUGAAAUUACUGUCUUUCUCCAUACCUUUGUGAUUUGUAACAUUAAUCAUUAAGCUGCAACUUGCUUCAUUACUUUUAUUAAUUUUCACUAUUUGAAUGAAUUGUUCCUUCGUAUUUUCUGCCUAAAACUCAGUUAGCCUACAAUCCUGAUUCACAUGCUAGCAGGACCUUACAUCCUUAGGUAUUUCCCAUUCCAUAAUAGUGUGGAAUUAACUCUAUCUCCUUACAAACUCUGGGCCCUUCCAGCAGCACGGUGGGAGUGUAGAGACGCUUUUUUCCAGCUCUAAUUGGCUCUACCAAGGUUUUUGCUAAAUGAUGUAACUGUGUCCCUAUGAGGACUCUAGGUUUGGGAGCUUGGUGUGUUGGUGUGGCAGAAGUAGGGCUGAUUUACCUUUUACACAGAAGCAGGCACUGAUUAAGUGGUUAAAAGCAACAAUGGAUGGUUUCGUGCCAAAGUGCUGGAAUGGAAUGUGUCUGGAAGGUGGUGAGAAUGUUUGAUGCUGGAUGACGAGGAAGUUUUGCCAAGGCAUUGUUGAGGUCUCACUAUUAAGGAUGUUAAUGAAAUGUAACUACAGUCACUGUAAUGCAAAAGGAUUUGACAAAAUCUUUGUAAGGUUCUUGUGCUCUGAAUGGUGCUAAAAUAUGGAAUUUAUGUAAAUGUCAAUGAACUGAUGUUUAGUUAUUGGAAUAAGAUACUGCAGGUCUAUUGUGGGAUAUAUAAAUGAAUGUGUAAUCUAGGUGAUUUGGGUUAUUAAAAGAUGGUUCUUUGGC